UGAGGAGGGCAGCAGUACGCCUUUGAUGCGUCGAGUCUGCCACAACUCUUAGAUAAAGAAGACGAAGAAGAAACAACAUUGUGCUGCCUCUGGUUGUAAACUGCAGAGAUUUAACUCCUUGAAUAAAUUGAAGAAACUUUCACAGCUGAAGAAGAAGCAAGCAGGAGGAAUUACUCCAGGAGAAUACUGAAAUACUAUUGAAAAGAUGGAGUUUGAGGAAGAACCCUGCAGAAUUAAAGAUGAAGAUACAGCGGAACAAACAGAGUCAGUGGAAGCAAAUGAAGAUAAACAGCAUCAGUUUCCAACUCCUCAUUAUUUCAUCCACAAAGCUGAAGACGCCACCAUUUUACAGAAUGAAAAGAGUUUUGCGCAAAAACAAACUCAAAUAAUUGAAGUCAAAGGAUCUCUCACCUGCUCCGAGUGUGGAAAGAGUUUCAAACUUAAAUCAAAACUACAAAUACACCUGAGAGUUCACACUGGAGAGAGGCCUUAUACAUGCACUCAGUGUGGAAAGAGCUUUGGUGAUACAGGAGGCCUAAAUGUACACAUGAGAGUUCACACUGGAGUAAAACCCUUCACAUGCACUCAGUGCGGAAAGAGUUACAAACAUAAAUCAAAACUCAAAGUUCACAUGAGAGUUCACACUGGAGAGAGGCCUUAUGCAUGCACUCAGUGUGGAAAGAGUUUUGGUAAUAAAGGAGGCCUAAAUAGGCACAUGCGAGUUCACAGUGGAGAAAAACCCUUCACAUGCACUCAGUGCGGAAAGAGUUACAAAUUUAAAUCAAAACUACAAGUGCACAUGAGAGUUCACACUGGACAGACGCUUUAUACAUGCACUCAGUGUGGAAAGAGUUUUGUUGAUAAAGGAUACCUAAAUGAGCACAUGAGAAUUCACACUGGAGAAAAACCCUUCACAUGCACUCAGUGCGGAAAAAGUUUUGUAUCCAAAAUGUUUCUGAGAAAACAUCAGUUCUGUCACACUGGAGUGAAAUCAUUCAGCUGUGAUCAGUGUGAUAAAACAUUUGCUUCUGCGUGGAGCUUGAGACAACAUCUUAAUAUUCAUGCUGGUGUGAAGCCUCAUGUUUGCUCUCAUUGUGGAAAGAGUUUUACACUACUAACAACUUUACAAGUGCACGAGAGUAUUCAUAGUGGAGUGAGAUCUCAUAUGUGCUCUGACUGUGGAAAGACCUUUCUUACAUCUAACAGUUUAAAAAAGCACCAGAGGAUUCACACUGGAGAGAAACCGUACAAGUGCUCGCACUGUGGAAAGAGUUUCACUCGCUUAGAAGGCUGGAAAAUUCACGAGAGAGUUCAUACUGGAGAGAAGCCGUACCAGUGCUCUUCAUGUGGGAAGAGUUUUGCCACAUCAUGUAAUCUACGGACUCAUAAGACCAAGCAUUGCCCAAAGUUGCCUAAGUGAGCAGUUAAUGUUCAUAUCCAUCACUUACAAGCAGUGGCCG